ACAACAUGGAGUCCGGUGUUUAGAGUGCAACGGCGGUCUUCACCGUUUGCUAAACCCUAAUGCUUUCCCGGUGAUCCUGAGGGAAGGCUGCGACAUAAGUUACAGCGCAACGCACACAUGCUCUAUAAGCGUCCGUGCGUUCGUGCCACUUGAAUCCAAAUAGGACAUGGAGAAAGCGAUGUGAUUGGAAGCAGAGAAUUCCAAAGACAGGCCGCUUUCCAAAUGGAAUUGCUCUUCAUAAUGUAGGGCAGGACAGGUGGAUUGUAUCUGCACACAAGCCUGUGCGCCAGAGGAUCAUGGAGCCUGAGGAGGAUCUCUCGACCAGGGACUCCCAAGAUCUGAUGUCCAACCAAGGGCUACUGCCUUCAACAUCAACAUCCUUACUCAACUGCACCUUCCUGGGGGGGUUAUUGCAUUGUGAUGACGUGGAGAAGGGGGAUGGAAAUGGAGAAUCGGAAGGUCCAAACUGCUUUUUCCCCACACUGGAACAUUGUGGUAAAGUACAGAAAAGUCCACGUUCUUCAGGCUUUCCCUCAUCUCUCACAUGGGACUCGGACUCGGAGAAAGAAACCUUGGAUGAAGAAGAACUUCAGCACUUUUCUAACCCUCAUGGUCUGGCUGCUCACAGCCCAGGGAGUCCCACCUCUGUACUACAACAAGACAGCUUUGACAUUGAUCUGUGCCAAGAACCUGUGGAAACCAAGCACUUAUUUCUUGAUAAAAACCCACUUGCCCCCUUGGUGGUGGAGAAUCAAGGAGAUGUUACAUACAGGGAGCCAACAAAAGACUCCAGCCUACCGAAGCGUGCAGCAAAACGUAAAAAAACGAAAAUGGGAAAAGACAAAGUGAGCCAUGUACCUGGUACUACACCAAAAGAGGCAUGCCAAAAAGAAGAGAAAGUUAAGAAGAAAGUCCUUAUUUGUAGAGGGCAGGAAGAGAAGAUCCCCAAAGAGGCUGAUGUAUACACCUUCCCAGCAGACUCUGAGCCAGAGAGUCCACCACCUGGACCUUGGGCACACUGCACUUUCAUCCAGCGCAGAAGGAAAAAGAGGGUCAUACUGAGGCCUUUCUCUGGUUUAGGCACCUGGCAGCGUACAACGGGAGCCGGCAGAAGGACCAGGGGAAAACCCUCUGGAGCAAAGCAGCGUAGGAAAACCGCAAAGGAUGGGGGAGGGAUGUUCGAGGAAAAAACAGAGAAGGUACGGGGUAGGCAGAACUCAGUAGUAGACCCCCAACUGGACGAAGACCUCUCCCAAGAGAUUUUCACGUGUGUAGAAUGUAGCAUUUACUUCAAAAAACGUGCCCAUCUACGUGAACACAUGCUUGAGCAUGGCCAGGUCGGUACACCUGGGAAGAAAUGGGAAUGUGGAGAGAAAGAAGCUUGGAACGCACAUCUUAAUAAAAAUCCUUUUGAAUGUAUAGAGUGUGGUCAGGAGUUUGUAGACAAGGUACUGCUGCUAGAUCAUCACCGAUGCCAUGAGGAGUCACGGCAGAAAAUCCUUGAAGAGAUUGGAAAAUUAAAUGAGGGGGAAAAGCGGGUGGCAGUGCAAGCCAGUUGCAGCAAUGCAUCGGAGCCAGUCAUCCAAGAGUUAACAAAGGUCAACUGUGGCCAGUUCGUGUGUCCUGAGUGCAACUUUAGCUGUGAUGUGCCUCGAGAGCUUUCCGAGCACUCCAAGACGCACACCACUCGAAAAAGGGCUGGGGUUUAUCGAACUUCACCCCGCUUCCAGCAGAAAUCCUGCAAGAAAGGACAGGUCCAGUCCUCUGCAGAUGUUACACCAACUUUUAUCACUUCACCUCUUAACAAGAGGUACCCCAUCCGAGCAUCCAAGAAACCUAAAGAAACACAGCCCAACAUUGCCCCUUCACAGGUGGACUUAUUGUCUUGUCAAAGUGCUUCUGCAACCACGGGAGAAGCCACAGACCAACCUGAUAAAGCAUCCCUGCUUGCAAAUACAAUCCAUGCGGAGGAGUCGAGACAAAUAGGAGAGACAUCUCUCUCUAUGGAAGAGAAUGUCCUACAACCUCAGCACCUAAUGUCUCCUCCUCCAAAUCCAAGGGCUGUUCCGCGGCGUAAGGAUGUGGCAUUCAAGAGCAUAGGAAAAAAGCGCUCAGUCCGGGCUGCUAAGAAAAAACUGGGGCGCACAAGAGCAAGUACAAGACUUGAUCGUAAGGCAACCCUGACUACCGAUGUAACAAAGCAAGUCCGAAUCUCCAACCAGACUGCAGAUAAGGGCCAGAAAGAAGACAUUCCAACACCAGAACAUGAUUCAAAACAAGAUUCCAAAACAGGGAGUGAGCCACCUGCCAGUGCUUUGGAUCUCAAAGCCUGCUCCUCUUUACCAAAGAAGAGCAGCAAAAAGCUUGAAGUACAGGAGGAGGAACCCAAACUCAAAAAAGACAAAUCUGAUAGUCAGGGGAGGAACAGAGAAGACACACUUGUUGCUGCUAAACUAGAGGAUGGUGAUGAUGAUGAUGAUGAUGAUGAGGAUGAAGAUGAUGAAGAUGUUGUAAAUCGUCUUAUUGGUGCAUUAACUGAGGAAGAUGAUGAAGAUGAUGAUAGAGAGGGGUUGUUCAAGAGUGUGGAAAGAAAAUGCCCUUAUUGCCCAGAUCGAUUUCAUAAUGGCAUCGGACUAGCCAAUCACAUUAGGGGUCAUCUGAACAGAGUGGGUGUCAGUUACAACGUUAGGCACUUCAUCUCCCCAGAGGAGGUUAAUGCCAUUGAGAAGAAAUUCUCCUACCAGAAAAAGAAGAAAAAAGUCGCCAACUUUGACCCGUCAACCUUCAGCGUUAUGAGAUGCGAGUUCUGCAGUGCCGGCUUUGACACCAGGGCUGGUCUCUCCAGUCAUGCCCGAGCCCAUCUCAGAGACUUUGGCAUCACCAAUUGGGAAGUCACGGUUUCUCCCAUUAAUAUUCUCAGAGAGCUUUUUGCCAAGCAUCCAGAUCUUGUUCUAUCCACUCCUCCCACACAUACUCUCCAGUCAAGUCAAGAGGAAAGCUCUGAUGAAGAGCAAGAGAGCAGGAAAGAUAUUAAAGAUGAGGAGAACAUGACUACAGAUCUUGCCACUCUUUCUUCUCACUCUCCAAAACAGCACUGGAAAGAAAAACACAAUAUCAGUGAACCAGCGGGUGGGGAGGAGGCAGAGGAUGAGGAGGAGGAGGAAGAUGAAGAAGAGGAGGCUCAAAUGCCCCAUACGGAUAACUCGUCCACAAGUCCAGAAGAAAAGACCCUGUUUACUCUAGAGGAACAGAGCCCUGAAUCUAAAGAGACCGAUUUUAUGGGCUCCAACUUGUUGAAAUGUGAGUUUUGUGGUGCUACAUUUGAGACACGUCGUGGUUUGUCUAGCCAUGCCCGCUCUCACCUACGACAGCUGGGUGUUGGCAUGUCGGAGAACAGUGGAGCACCCAUUGAUCUCCUCCACAAGAUCACUAAGGAACGUUCAAUUGAUGCAUGCUUCUCUGGCACCUGCCCUACUAUGGAAUCAUCUAAGAAGCCCCAGCACCAUAUCCCUAUUGUUCCUAUACCUAGCCCCACAAAAGAUGUUGAAACUGAAGAAGGACUGCUGGACACAAAGCCCCCUGUCCCGUUUUCUGUAGCUGGUUCCGCUAUUAAAGUUUCAUCUUCCCCAACUACUCCAUCUGCAGCUGGCUCUCUGCCUUCCUCUCCAUUUGUAAAGUCUCGAUCCCCUUCCCCAGUGCUGAGAAAGGCUCCAAUCUCUUCCUUACUACCUGUGUCUUCCCCACUGCGAUCCCAGGAACAUAAGACCUUAGGAAAGAAACAGUCUACAAACCUCUCCAGUCCAACCAAACCAUUCUGGGCACCACAAGAGACAGAUGCCCCUUUGAACCUUACGAUGGACAUGGACUCUAAAGAUAUUAUUUGCCAGUUGUGUGGUGCAUGGUUUGAAACAAGAAAAGGCCUUUCAAGUCAUGCUCGUGCACAUUUGCGCCAUUUUGGGAUUGAGUAUUCAGAAUCCAAGGGCUCUCCCAUUGACUUACUCAACCGUUUCAUCUUGACUGAUGACUUUAAGCACAAAGCAAAUUCUUUUCUCUCCGAUGGUCCUGAGGACCUGAGGUCCAAGAAGAUCAGCAUGACUUCCCUCUUACCCUCCACUUCCACUUCUUCCUCAAAGAGACAUAUUCCCUCCAGCCCUGUCCUAUAUAAAAUGGCGACUUCUUCUUUGAAGACAGCCAUUGGCUCCAAAGCUACCUCAUCUUCUACCCACACCCUAUUGGGCCCACCUCCAAAGAAGCUGAAACCCUCCUCUUUGCAGGUCCUUCGUUUCAGUGGUGGGGAAGUGAUGUCCUUUCCUAUAGAGCCAAUGAAAGACGUGGGCUGCGAAUUCUGUGGAGAACUUUUUGAGAACCGCAAAGGCCUCUCCAGUCAUGCUCGCUCCCAUUUGCGCCAACUUGGCAUCACAGAAUGGUCUGUGAACGGCUCACCUAUUGACACACUGAAAGAGAUUAUAGUCCGUCGAGGCUUACCGUCCAUCAUGCCUCUGAAGUCCCCCAAAUCCCCCUGUUCUUCCCCGGGCCCAGGAAUGCCUCGGCCUGCGGUCCAGUCCUCUUCCCCACCAGGGAAUGUUCUUGGGCGCCUACCUUUCCAUUUUGCCAAAACACCAAGCCACAACCAGCCUACUUAUCGCAAAAUGUCUCCUUCGACAUCUGCUGCCAGUUCCCCCCAAACAGUAGAGCUGGUAAAGCCAAAACCAGAGCCUGAAAUUGUAGAAGUUACUAUGAAAGGAUCAGACAUGGGAGUAAAUAAAGGCUACAGUCCAGAGCCAUUACAUUCCAGUUUAAUUGCUUCAGAUAAUGUUUAUCCUGUCAACUUGGUCAUGACUCAGGAGAAGGAACCUUCCCGGGAUAUUCGCUGUGAAUUCUGUGGUGAAUUCUUCGAAAACCGCAAAGGCCUCUCAAGCCACGCACGAUCACACUUGAGGCAUAUGGGUAUCACAGAGUGGUCUGUAAAUGGCUCGCCCAUUGACACACUGUGGGAGGUCAUGAGGAGACAGGGCACAACCCCUGCAUCUGUUACCUUGGGCAUAAAGGAGGAACCGGGACAGGAUGGUGGAAUUUCAUUGAACAGUCAAGGCUAUCAGACCUCUGCCCUGUCCCGCAAAUCACCUCUUAACCUGUUACACUCUGGUUCACGCCUCCAUAAGCAUGGGCUGGGAAGCAUGACCUUGUCCCCCACCUCACCUGUGGGGAAGAUUUUUGGAGUGUCUCCACUGAAGAAGAAGGUGCUGGUGGAGGAGGGACAGCCAGGAGAGAGGACACUGCUCAACCAAUCUAAAAACUUCUCGCCUCCCCCACAGGACUAUUCCUUUAAGGGUAAAGCCUCAGCAGAGAAGGGCCAUGGGAUAGGCCACAUGGAUGCUAGUUGUGAACUCUGUGGAUUCUACUUUGAGAACCGGAAGGCAUUGGCCAGUCAUGCUCGGGCACAUUUACGGCAGUUUGGCGUGACAGAGUGGUGUGUAAAUGGUUCGCCUAUCGAGACGCUGAGUGCCUGGAUACGCAGCCGUCCACAGAAGGCAGCAGAGAUGCAGCAAAGUUAUGUGCAAGGAGCCCGCUAUACCCAAAAGAAAAGGUGCAGUUCCACUCUCUCACCAUCCUGUAACUCUGUCCCUACAAAUCCUGUUUCCCAAAAGCCUGCUGUGUCCAAAUGGGCAUCUCUCACUUUGCCUCAAAAGAGGGCAAUUGAACGUGAUGCCAACAGUUGUUCAUGGGGGUUGUCAUCGCGGGGAACAGACGCUAAAAGCAGGAGUGGAAGUUCCACUCAGCAUGGCCUUAUUCCACAGCCUGGCAGCCAUCAUUCCAGUAAUGCUCUUCCACAUGCACAGGUGGCCCAUAGUGAACUCAACGUGCGUUUGCCACGAGGAUUUGAGAGACGGCCACUUAAACACCCGUCACAUGUUGAAGGAGGGGAGGGAGAAAGUGGCCCCCCAAAGCCUCGCUCCAGUACCAUUCCUGCCCUUGUGCCAAAGCCCCCCUCCACCCCACUGGUUAGACUUGUGGGUAAAAUUUACUCACUCAAGUGCCGGUUCUGUGACAUGGAGUUUCACGGCCCUCUCUCGGUACAGGAGGACUGGAUCAGGCACCUGCAGCAGCACAUCCUCAAUCUUAACUACAACAAGACUGCAUCACCCACAAACAACACUCCUGUCCAAAGUGGCACUCCUGCUCCAAACCCCAUUGUCUCAGCUGCUACCUCCUCUUUCACCACAACCACAGCUCCUGCCGCGACCCCGUCCACGCCCUCCCCAAUGCCCACUUCAGCCUCCACACCUACACCCACUCUCAACCAAGUCUCCGUUGGGCGUCCGGCCACAGUAGAGCCGAUUCCUUCGCCUGCAAAUUAGACCAUGUGUCCCUCCCACGUAUGUAUGGGAUGCCAUCAUCUUCACCAGUUAUAUCCCUAAUCUGUUAUUUUUGGUUUCUUUGAAUAUUUCUAUCUCUGAUCAAAGGGAGAGAUUUUUUUUUUUUUUUCGAAAAUUCUCAGCUAGCGACCUUCUUACCCUGACCUACAUCACAAGCAUCUGUUAUGAUUCAGGCGCGAGGUAGGUGUGUUGCCAUGACAGUUCUCAUCUCCCUUUUGCCUCGAAAGGAUUGAUCAUUAUUUAUGAAAAAAAAAGAUAUCACAGUACAAUGCACCUUUUCAUGCAUUUAUGCUUUGGAAAGGAGAAAGAGUAUGUGGUGAGUUCAGUUUUGUAAGGCCCUUAUGCCCAAUGCCUAAAAUGUAUUGUUCAAGAGGAACUCUUAAGACUACAGCAAAACCGUUUAGCUUACCUAAUGUAUUGUUAAAAUCGUCGACAAAUCAGAAUUACAAUCAAAAAGGCACAGAGAUAAAACUAUAAAGCACUUAGACAAAAGGCCUUGGCCCUUUUCUGUUUCUAGCAUUUGCAAAUUCACAGUUUGAAGCUGUUUUAACUGUGAUAAUCAAGUACAAGCUUGCACUGCCAUGCAGUUAUAAAAAGAGAUAGAUGUGUUCAUGUCAAAACGAGACAUGCUUUUCCUUUUCUGUUCCCUUGGAUCCUUUUCAUUAUCCCUCUGCAAUCUUGAUGUUUAUAUUCUCAGUCGAAUCUUGCAACUUAGAGAUGAUCAAACUUGUCUGGAACCAUUUGCUGCUAAAUAUUUAAAUAAGCUAAGCACACUUAGUUAAAUGCAUUGUUUUAGCACGUCCAACAUUUGUACUCGAUAAGCAUGAAAAAGUACGUCAUGCCUUCCAGUUGUUUUCGAACAUACGUAUUUAUGCCUUCAUUGCUCUUUCAUAAGGCACAUUAUUUUGUAGCACGUUUGCACAAGUUUAUGCAUUGCUUUGCAUAAUGCUUUGAAGAUUUUGAUCCUAGAUCGCUCCAUUUUCACAUUCAACAGCAGCUUUCUUGUUAUUUCUGUGCUUGACACAAUGGAAACUCCAAAUGAAACAGUUGACUCCGCUGCCUAAAAGCUUUUUAAAUGGUAAUGACGCUUUUUGAGAAAUUGCCUUGAAACAAGUUGAUGGGCUGAAGUAUUUUAGUCUUAUAAAAGUUAAGAUACGAUAACCCCCCCCCCAGUUUUCAAAAGAACCUAAAUUGAUGGCUCUUUUGAAUGUCGAAUGAACUGAACUAUUUGGCUACACUACAUUGAAUGUUUUACAAGAGUAAAAAGACGAUGCACUUUUGUCUGCAACGAAUUAGGGAGCGUUCGUGUAUUUAAACUCUUAUAAAUAUAUAUAUAUAUGUUUAGUUUUAUUUCUGAGCAUAAAGUGCUAAAUGCCUAUGUAUGACGCUUUUUUUCUUAAGAAGUUUUUACCUGUACCAAUCUGAAUGGCGUUUUCAGAAACACAAAAGCAAGAAAAGGAUUUUAAGAACUGUUUAAAUUUAGCCAGUGACAGAAUGUGCCAAAGAGGACGUCACACAUGUUUUGGUAGCUUUGGUAGUUUUAGCUUUUGCAAGUCCCCGUUCGUUCUGUUUUGUCUUUGAGCAGAGGACGGAGGCAGCUGAUUUGCUGCCGUGGAUUUGCUUUAAAAUAAAUAGAAAUUGACAACUAAGUAUAGUUUACUAUGUGAGUAUAUACCAUACAAGCUCACCAUACUCGUGGUGCUUGAUUCAUCCAAGAAUUGACUGUCGAUUUUUACCGCAAAAACAGUGACUGCCUCCCAAACAUACGAGAGCUUUUGCUUAUGUUUCCAUAUCUUCACAGGGAAGCGAUGCCAAACUGCUCCACUAUGGAUGUUUGUCGCAGCUUUCACGACUUAAAUCUGACUGUUAGGUUUUUAGUAUUCCAAAAGGGAAUAUUAUUGAUAUAUCUUACCUAACAUAUGUAUAGAAGAUAUUAACGGUUUAACACUUCAAAUGUGAUCUUUGUGAAUUUAUUUCGAUUUUUAAUGCUGUGUAUUUUUUAAUGAGAUGUGCAUUCCUUUACUUGCAGUUACAUACCAGUGGAAUAGAUCAGUGUUUUAUUUUUUAUUCCGUCAGUUUCUCUUUUAAGAUUAAGUACAUCGGUGCUCAUGUGAACGAGUGGAUUUUUAAUUGAAGAUUGUUUCAAAGGGAGAUUGUCAAGUCCUCGUCCAAGGACUCUAAAAACGUGUCUUAAAUGCAACUGCUAUGUAUGUUGUUAUUGGUUAGUUGGGUCAUUUUGUGACUGUUUCCCAGUUGUGUUUCACAGCAGAUGGUGUAAGAUCUCCUAAAGAUCUCCUCAGCUGGUUUAGACUGCAGUCUCUGUACAAGUAUUUGUGUUGUAUGAGAGAGAGGAAAACAUGACUUUUUGUGACUGAAAGAUAGAAGUGCCAUGGAAGUGUUGACCAGAGACGGAUUCAUGUGAAUCUGCUCUUGAAUGAAAAUCAUUAAAUGUGCUCGAAACUCUCA